UUUCAAUAUGGCUGCUAAACAGAGAUGGAAAAUCGAAAAUAACAUAGUUUUGUGUUGUUUAGUUAUGAUAUAAAGAAUCAUGACUUGAAAGAAGUAGGAGAAAUUAUUAUACAGUUUGUUAGGGGCUUUUUAGGAUGGGAUCCCAUAUUUUUGAUAUUCUCAGACAGGGAAUAUGGGCUUCCGUCACAGGGGGAUGGUUCUUCGACCCAUAUCAAAAUAUAUUUUCGAAUACAUUUCAUCUGUAUGUGUGGAUGGGACUCCUGGUUUUUCCUUUCAUUCUUUACCUGACAUUGGAAUCAUCUUUAAUUGUUUGGACAAUCUACUGUGCCACAAUAGGAGUGUUCUUUACUGUGAUAAAGCUCGUCAACUUCAAACUUCAUCACAUAUUUGACACCAGUGAGGUUAUAGAAGACACACCCAAGGGAGAUAAGUCAGAGGACAAGGAUAGUCAUGUGAUAGAACUCUGUAACAAUGCAAAUGAACCUGAACACAUUGAGAUGGUCAAACUUCAUCACUCGUCCUCCCGACAGCUGGAUAGUGAUAAUAACAAUAGUGACCGCAUCAUCAGCCAUUCCAGUGUGGAGAUCAGAAGUGGGUCUGCACCUCUAGCAGAGUUGGAGAAUGAUGACAUAGAUCAAAAACCCACAAAACAGAGAGAAUCCACCCCACCAAGCAGUGACAGUAUUGUGGAAGGCAAAUUGGAUGUGGAGAGAGGAUGUCAUCCACAUCAGGUCACAUUGAAAGCAGAGGUGGAGGUCAACAGAGAAUUGUCAGAUGGAGAGAUGGAAAUAGGAGAGGUCAAACUUCCACCCAAAAAGGAGGACACAGAUUCGGAUUUAUCUCCAGAUGGAGGACUCCGAAUUCGGAAACGUCGAAAGGCUGUGAGGCGGAGCAAGAGCGCUCUGGAUUACAGUCCGGAUUCCCCUGUACCACGGGCAGCUAGAGCUUUUGAGAAAUUAGACAGAUCGCUUCCUGCUAAUUUAUACACACAGGUAGAAAUGGAAAAAGAAAGUGAAGAGGCAGCGAGCUCAAAAAAUGGACAGGGAGAUGUAGAAUUGGAGGAUUUGGAAGGUAUGGAUGAGGGUAGAGUGUCCCCAUAUAAACAGAGGGUGCCCAGUAACAAAGCAUCCCAGCGGCUCCAGAAAUAUAGAAGAAGUUACUCUGCGGAUGAAGGAGUACCACCGAGACCCACCACACCACCGCUCAGAGAAGUGUUUGACUCAGGUUUGAGAAACAGAUCAAGAACAGAAUCAAAAGAAAAAUCAAGUAAUAACAGUUGUGAACCUUUUCCAGAACUUGUCAAAUUCCAUGCUCCGGACAUCUUAGCUGACCUACCUGGAGGUAGUGGUGAUAAAAUAUCACGAACUCCAAAGGUCAGCGACAGUGACAGAUCCGAUAUAAGUGUCGGGGAAAUUAAUGUGCAGGUGAAAACAAGAGACAGAACUCCCAACAAAAAGGAUCGUCCAUCUAGUGCUGGAGAUAUCAAUAGAAUUAGUACCGGUGUCUCAUUGGACCCAAGUCUGACUACAAAGAGUGCUUCCAAAUCCACAAGAUCAGGUGGGAUUGGUUCUAAGAUAGUGAAAUUUUUCCAGAAUGGUGGGCACUCUAAUUCUCAGGAGAUUGCUUCUGAGCAGAGUAGCACAGUGGGACUGGAAUGUCUGUUUAGUACUGACAGUGACUCAACAGAAGAUGACAGUAGCCAUCCAAAAGAUCACUAUUUAACCGACUCAUCUAGCUCUAUGACCAAUGAAGGGGAGAGCACUUUUGAUACCAGCCCAGAACACCCACCAAUGCAGUCUCGACUUUCUGCCAAGGAGAAGUCAAAUCCUUAUGAGGGGUCAGAUAUUGCCCCAAAUAAUCCCAGUGAAACAGAUCAGGCUUCAUCAGGAUUAAAUGUGCUGAUGGUAGCUGAGCAUCAAGACAUUCCACCACCCAUGGAUCCACCGAUGGAAGAUAAAGAACUACAAAUACUGAAACAGCAGGGGGCCAUUCCAAAAAACUAUCGGCGGUCACAGACUGGGCAGUGUACAGAAGUUGUUCCAUCCCUACUAUCUAGUCAGGAUCAAGCAGGAAGUCCCUCCUCGGGGGAGCUGUCAGACACAGAAGAUUUCCGUCGUAAGAUUUUGGAGAUACUCAGUGACUCCACAGACAACCCAGACAGAAUGAAGAAGUUAUUUAAAGCAGUGAUAGAGGCCAAAGAUCGCCGAGGGAGCAAUGACUCACCUGGGCAAGGAGGGUCUCAGAGAAAAAAGGAGGAGAAGACAGAGGAAGGGGAGAUAGCAAGGCCCACCCCUGGUGAUGACCAGGAGGCUCAGUCCUCCAAAUCUACCACCCCCACAGAGUGCUGUGCUCUCCUUCCCGUAUCCAAAGAGAUUGAACCAGCUCAAACUCAAUCCACAAAACUCAACAGGAAAAGAGGGCGGAGAAGAAGAGGAAACAGGAGUCUAGUGCGGAGGGACACGCCCACAAUAAAACCCCCCGCAGGAAGCUCCAUCCACUCAGCCAAAGACCACAAUGAUACCAGUGAAGGGGCUGUGCACUGGUUUCAAGAUGAAAAUGGUCAGUGGUUUGGUUACACAUUUGAGGAGAACAGUGCUGGGGUGGCCUUUGUGGCUGAGGACCUCCCAGCUCACAUGGAUAACAUGUUAGACAAGAGUUGGACUAGCAGUGACGGUUCUGGUAACGAUGAUUCUGGCUCCACGGUUAUCCUAGACUCACCAUCAGGAGCCAAAAAAGAUGACGCAUCUCUAGAUCCACUGAAUCCAAAUAUGGCGGCUUUUGACAUUCCAAACCUGAUUCGUAAUCAUGACAUGCAGCUCCUUCAGCAAAACCUGAUGCUGCGACUCCCCUGUGAUAGCUCGGAUGAAUCUGAUUCUCCAACCUUCCCAAAGACCAAAGAGAAAAAACCCAAACAUUUCUACAAAUUUCAGAUAUUUAAAAAGACAUUUCUUAAGAUCAGAUUUGACCGAUUAGCAUUACUGGCUCUUUUAGAUAGAAACCUGUCAGUAAUAGAGAACCUUAUAACUGUGCUGAUUGCAAUCAUGGUGGGGGCCCUGGGGGCUUUAGUGCUCACCCGUAACUUCUACCAUGACAUCUGGGUGUUUGUCUUCUGUUUUAUCAUUGCAGGCUGUCAAUAUUCUCUUCUAAAGAGUGUGCAACCAGAUGCAGCUUCACCCAUGCAUGGAUACAAUCGUUUAGUGGUGUUUAGCCGUCCCUUCUAUUUCUCUGUGUGCUGUGGCCUUAUGUUGCUGUUAGAUUAUACCAUUCCUUACGCCCCAACAAAACCCACCACUGUGUAUGGCCUACCAUUCGGCUCAGAAGAUUCACUAACGUUUGCCAAGGAUCUCUUAAAAAUUCUAGUCCUAUGCCUGCCCAUUAUCUUUACCAUCGGUCUCCUUCCUCAAGUCAACACGUUUAUCAUGUACUUGAUGGAACAGAUUGACAUGCAUAUAUUUGGUGGAAAUGGAUCUAUCAGUCUAACUUCCUCUGUUUACUCAGUCAUAAGGAGUAUCAUUGGGGUUGCCUUUGUCUAUGGAUUCUGCUUUGUAGCUAUUGAGGCUGGUGGCCCAGCAGUAUGUGAUAACAGAGACCUCUCUCAGAAUGUGGUGUUUUCUGUGUUCUCUGCCAUCUUGGUGGCCGUCUCCUAUCACCUCAGUCGCUCAGCCAGUGAUCCCAGUGUUCUGUGGAUGCUGAUAAGAGAUUCAAUCUGGGACAAGGAGGCCCCAGAGUCUGCUGAGGAAGAACUUAUUGAUCCACUCCCGGAGAAACUCAAACAGUGUGUGAGUGAGCGUCUACAGUCCGAUUUACUGGUCAGUGUAUUCAUCCUCAUUAUUGUGUUUGCUGUCCACGUCAGCACUGUCUUCAGUAGCCCUGUGUUACAGCCAGUAUUGAGUGAUAUUCUGUACUACAUUGCGGCGGGUUUUGGGUUUCUAGUCCACUAUCUGAUCCCAAUGUUAAGGAAAGAAAUGCCCUGGCUCUGCUGUUCUCAUCCCCUGCUUUCUAAUCGGGAAAGAAACAUGUUUGAAGUCACAGUGGCCCCUGAGAUCAUGUGGUUUGAGAAGAUGUACGUCUGGUUGCGUUUCUUCGAGCGGAAUGUCAUGUACCCCGCAGUGAUUCUUUGUGCCUUGACACAAUCUACUGCUAACAUCAUCUGUAAAUUUGGGAUCUAUGUAGGUCCAGUGAUCCUUGUCGUAUGUGCCAUGAAGCUGCUGCGAUUUGCGUUUUGUAACACAUCAAAACAAUACCUCAUCAUCACAUUCACCGUUCUCUUCUUCAAAUAUGACUACCGCAAGGCAUCAGAAACAUUCCUCAUUGAUUACUUCAUUGUCUCCAUUCUUCUCUCAAAGUUCUGUGAUUUGAUGCUGAAGAUGAAGUUUAUUAUCACGUACAUUGCUCCGUGGCAGAUCACAUGGGGCUCCGCCUUCCAUGCCUUUGCUCAACCAUUCAGUGUUCCUCAUUCUGCAAUGUUAUUUGUACAAGCAGCAGUCUCGUCGUUUUUCUCUACACCACUCAAUCCAUUCCUCGGGAGUGCCAUCUUCAUCACAUCGUAUGUUCGUCCAAUCAAAUUCUGGGAAAAAGAUUACAAUACAAAGAGAGUGGAUCAUUCCAAUACCAGAUUAUCAUCUCAGCUAGACUGUAACCCAGGUGCUGAUGAUAACAACCUGAACUCUAUAUUCUAUGAGCACUUGACACGGUCCUUACAGCACAGUCUGUGUGGAGACUUGAUGCUGGGACGGUGGGGGAACGUAGAGCAGGGGGACUGCUUCAUCAUGGCCUCAGACUACCUCAACGCUCUGGUCCACAUUACAGAAAUGGGGAACGGUCUUGUCACAUUCCAGCUCAGGGGGCUAGAGUUCAGAGGAACAUACUGUCAACAACGAGAAGUAGAAGCCAUCACAGAGGGAGUCAAAGAUAAUGAAGGCUUUUGCUGCUGUGAGCCUGGUCAUCUGCCUCAUUUUCUCUCCCUCAAUGCGGCGUUCAAUCAGCGGUGGCUAGCGUGGGAGGUGGUGGUCACUAAGUACAUACUGGAGGGGUACAGUAUAUCAGACAACAGUGCUGCUACCAUGGUGCAGGGAUUUGAUGCUCGGAGAAUUCUACUCAAUUAUUAUAUCAUGAGUAUUAUAUACUACACCGUGAGAUCCCCCCGUCUUGAUACGUGGCUCACAAACGAGGCUAUCCUGGAGACCCUACAGGCUACAGAGGGAGAGGAUUUUGUAGACGUGGAUCCUAUUUUUACCCAACCCACAGAUGAUGACUACGACCCCAAACUGAAGGGCGUGUCACGGAACAAGUUCUGUAGUGUUUUCCUGGACUGGAUCCAGUACUGUGCCUCAAGGAGAGAUAAGUCGAUUGACAGUGGUAAGAACUCUCCUCUGGUGUCUUUGUCCCUGUGUUUGGGACUUCUGGGUCGGAGAGCUUUAGGAACGGCGGCCCAUAACAAUACAACAGCUGCAGGAGCGGAGUUUUUCCUGUAUGGAUUACAUGCCCUGUUCAAGGGAGAUUUCAGGAUUACCUCCCCUCAUGAUGAGUGGGUGUUUGCAGAUAUGGAGCUUCUCAGGAGAGUUGUUGCCCCUGCUAUCAGAAUGGCCCUCAAACUUCAUCAGGAUUAUUAUUUGUUUACUGAUGAAUAUGAGGACCAUGAGACGCUGUAUAAUGCCAUCAGUAAUUACGAACAAACUCUAGUCAUCUCACACGAAGCCGAUCCACAGUGGAGGAAUGCCGUGCUUUCCAACACGCCCUCCCUACUGGCACUCAGGCACGUGUUUGCAGACACUGAGAUCUCAGACAAAUACAAAAUCAUCAUGCUCAACAAAAAAUUCCUCUCCUUCAGAGUUGUCAAGGUAAAUCGUGAGUGUGUAAGAGGAUUAUGGGCCGGGCAGCAGCAAGAACUUAUUUAUCUACGCAAUCGUAACCCAGAAAGAGGCAGCAUCCAAAAUGCAAAACAGGCUCUUCGCAACAUGAUCAACUCAUCCUGUGAUCAGCCUAUUGGAUAUCCGAUCUACGUGUCACCCCUGACAACGUCGUACUCGUCCACACACAAUCAGCUCUCCUCAAUCAUCGGCGGGGAAUUUAUUCUGGCCAAUGUCAAAAAAUUCUUUAAAAACACCUGGGUCAGGAUGCGUCGUCGGUGUGGGGCGACUUGUACGGGCGGCAGUGCUAGCUGUCCUGAUGAUCUUCCUUACACAGUGGCCUGUUCACACACAGGGGCAGCCAUGACUCUAGGAACCAGGUCUGUUUUGUCCACACCUACUAAUCAACAGGAAAUUGGACUCCAGACUCUGGGUAACCGAGGAAGCUUGGUAUCCACAGCCAGCUCUGCCAGCAAACCAAAUGCUUUGGUGACCCUGGCAGGGUUCAUCACCGAGACAACCACAAACAAGGAAACCCUCACACACAAAGUCAGAAUAAUGGACACAAAUUAUGUGUUUGAGAACAUUAACCUUGGGAGGAGAAUCGAUGUUCAGUGGCCAAAUGAGGAGUGGAAGCAGAGUGGGGGUAAAAAUGGCUGGAAUGGCUGGAUGCCGACAAAAGGUAUGGAGGGGACUGUGGUCCACAAGUGGGUGCCAUGUCACAGAGAGACGCUCAAACGUUCCCACAUAGACAAAGUCAUAUAUCUCGUACAGAUCUCGGAUAAAUAUGUGCCAAUCUCAGAACAGGGAGUCCUAGAUUUGGGGGCAGAAGUUUGAUGUCUUAUUAAUUACAUGAGAUUACUUCGUAUGGGAGCUGACCAAAUCUUGGAUGUACUGCACUGACCAAUUUUUUCGUCAACAUUCACGACGCAUCAUUCCAUAGUAAUAUAUAUUUACACCACACUGCUAUAACCACAUCUUCUCAGAUUUUUUUUAUUCAGUGCAUAUCAUUUGACUGUGUUUCACUAUAUCUCAAUCAAAUAUAGACAUUUUAACCCAAUUCCUGUUUUGAAAGAAAAAUGAAUGUUGUAAGUAUUGAAAUAGUUUUAUAGUUACAUGUUUCUGUUGGACCUGUAUGUUGUAUGGAGAUCUGCGACUGUGACAAAUGUUAGCAGGCUCUAGGAAUGUAAAUACCAAAGUUUUCUCAGUUGUAUAUCAUGUCAGGUGCUAUAUACAUUUGUAUAUAUAUAUAUAUGUGUAUUUUAUGUUGAAUUCAGACUGUGAUAAAAUAAACACAAAGCAUUUAGAACAUAGACAUUAUCGUAGUUAAUUAUCUUUAAUUGCCUGCUCAGUAGUUAAUGAGGGAUGUUUUAUACAAAAUUAACCGAGUUUUUAUGUUUGUGAAUAUCCUACAGAAUUUUGGCCACCAUGUUUAUAUAUGAUGAAAUCUAAAUGAGUGUAUGUUUACUUGUGCAUUUAGUAAUCAUUUUUAGCUCUCUUCAGUGCUUGGUUAAUAAAAAAUUGCGUCAAUAUGAAUACCAUAUGCUAAACCAUGUUCAUGGACAAGGGUAAUUUUGAAUAUAUUCAGUUUAAUUACUUAGAUGAUCUAAUUGAGCAUGUUCUCUGUACAUUUUUCAAACUUUAAAAUGUACUGGUCUACAUGUUUUGCCUUCUUCACUUGUUUCUCAAUGCUGAGUAUUUUUAUAGACUAGCCUGAUAUCACAGCAAGGUGUUUUAGAAAUUUUAGUAAAUCAGACAUUAUUUCUUUUAGACGUUUUAAGUCUGUGUUCACCGAAUGCCAUUUUCAGGCAAUGCUCAGUUUUAAUGAAAUCCAGUCACUCUGUGUUCCUUCCUUCUGGUCCCAGAGUUAAAUUUUCUGUAUUUAACAGUUUUUCUGUUGCUUCAAGGUAGAUUUUUUUUUUUGGUUUUUCUGUCACAUCAAACCAUGUCAGAGAAUCACAUUUCCAAAAUGUCCGUCCACCUAUUUCCAUUCCUGUGGCUAUAAGUAUAUGGGUAACAACUUUGUAGUGUGUGUAUUGGAUUAAAAUUUCGGCACUUCAAAGCCUGUGUGAUUUUGCUAUAAGGUCAGGUUUUUUUUAUGCCACUUAAAAGACAAAUUGAUGUCUGAUAUGUCAAGUUUAUAUUAUGUUGCUUGCUAAAAAAUUAUAUUUGAUCGUUAAUUGGUUUUUCAUUGCUUUUUUUUCACUAGAGCUGCUUCAAUAAUCUAUUCUACAUGUUUGUACAAUAUGUGUGUAUUGAACCAUAAUUUGACAGUGUCAAUGAAAACUGGCGUAAUGUUAUUAAAUUCAAAGUGAGUAUAGAACUUGUAAAGGUACAUCUCAAAUGAUAUAUUUGUAUUCACUGUCCCCCAGGUUUCUUUUUUUUUUUCACCGAUAUUCUGCUUCAGAAAAUACUGUUCAAUCAAACUUUUGUAUAUUUUCUGUUAUACCACAAAUGACCUGAAAGCGAGACACAUGUUGUGGUACCUGAUGUAAGGGUGGAUACAUGAGUAUAAUUAAUAUCGGAUCUUGUUAAUGUUGAACAAGUUAUAUGUAUUGCAUCUAAUGUUUUGUAAUUUAUUGUCAUAUUAUGUUAACAAAAUUAAUGGAUGUGAAACAUCAAUAAAAACACCAAAUCAAUAAC